AUGAGUCGAAUUAGGAGACCAGAUGCAGUUGAGCAUGCUGAUAGGGUAAUUAAGAAGAAGAGAUGCAAGAGAAAGGUCAGAGUUGUACUGAAGAGGCCUAUGCCGAGGAUUUCGAUGACUCUGCAGAGAUUAUUUGAAUCGUGCCGAGAGGUUUUUAAAGGCCCUGGGACUGUUCCUUCUCCUCGUGAUGUAAAGAAAUUGUGCCAUAUUCUUGAUGGUAUGAAGCCAGAAGAUGUUGGGCUAAGUAGGGAUUUGCAAUUCUUUAAACCAAAGGAUGUGGUUGAAGGGAGCUCAAGAGUUACUUUUACAACCAUCUACCAAUGCGAAAAUUUCUCGCUAUGCAUUUUCUUUCUUCCUGCAACUGCUGUCAUACCUCUCCACAAUCAUCCGGAGAUGACUGUUUUCAACAAGCUUCUAUUAGGUACAAUGCACAUUAAAGCGUACGACUGGGUCGACCCUCUCAAUCCCAAUACCCCAGCUUCACCACCUUCGACAUCGAGACUGGCAAGAAUGAAGGCAAACAGAACGUUCACUGCCCCGUGCAAUACUUCUGUACUGUAUCCAACUUCUGGAGGAAAUAUACACGAAUUCACAGCAGUAACACCGUGCGCCGUGCUUGAUGUUAUGGGACCUCCCUACUCUAAAGACGAUGGCCGGGAUUGCUCGUACUACAAAGACACUCCAUGUGGAGCAGAUGGUUGUGGAUGGUUAGAGGAGAUUGAAAUGCCCAAAGAAUCAGAAAUGGAUGGAAUUGAGUAUUUGGGGCCAAAAAUUUUCGACUUCACUACUUAG